UACGGUGCAAAUAAUACUGGUAAUUCCCCUUGUGUGUAGGCGAGUCGUGUCAUAAGCAUAGAUAUAAGGUUCCACUUGUGGUCUGUAGUCUUUCUGGUUAGGCUGCUGUUAGUUUAGUUCUACUUCCUCCCUGUGAUCUGCCUGAAAACUGUUGGACAAAAAGGACUAUAGACAGUGGAAUUUCUAUAACUACUUGGUUUCUUCUCGGGUAAAAAACAACAACGUCGUGGUCACAUUUACCGGAACGGAAGUGACGACUUUCUGAGGUAUUUGUACAGACUCGCCUUUGAUCCGAGAUAUUUCUUUCUGGAGGGUGUUAUCAACAUUUCUGCAGUAAAGGAGGACAACUUUUACUCUCCCAUUAAACCUUCCUCUCAGACAGAUACAUUUCUUUGUCUGGUUAAUCUCUGCUGCCAUGGAGACGUAAACAACCCCAGGAGGGUUGUUCCAUUCAGGGGGAGAGGGUUGACCAGCCAUACCCAGGGCUGUGUGUGUGUGUGUGUUCUGUCCAUAUUCACCAAGUGGACAGAGUGGUGUGGCCUAGUCUGGUGGUUACAGGCAGACAGACACUUCUCUGUGGCUCAGACACGACUGACUAAUUACUUCUUAUAAAAUAAUCUGCUAAAUGGCAUAUCAUAUUUUAUUAUAAGGUGUUCUGGCAUAUUGUGAUAUACUAUUAUGACACAAGGUUGGCAGUUUCUCUUCUGUAGGUUGUUAGUCAGAUCAGUUCUGAAACCUUCAGUUUUAUUUCCAGGCUGAUGUGUGAGAUGACAGGAAACGCAUACUGUUUCCAUCAAUCACGUGUGUGUGUGUGUGUGUGUUCCCCCUGCCCUGGGUUACUCAUCCCUCUCUCCCUGAGGAGAAUGGCCCUUCCUUUUCUCUAAUUCUACAAACUCUUCAUCAAAAAACUCCAUCUAGAAGCUAAAUCUAGACUCUAAUAGCUUUAUAUCUAGAUUCUAGGCUGUCUAUAUCUAGACUGUCUACCCUAUUUGUAAAUGGACACCCUAGUCCAUCUCCAGAAGAGCCCGUUCCUCAUUGGUCUGUGUCGAAACGGAGCCCCAGUUGACCUGCAGUAUAACAACUCCUCAGAGCUGUUCCGCAUCUCGACCUUUGCCCUCUUCCCGACUGCAGCGGUAACAGAGCGCACCCUGGCCAGGGCAGGAUGGUUCUAUACUGGUGUUGGAGACAGGGUGCAGUGUUUCAGGUGUAACGUGACGACGGAGGGAUGGCAGACAGGUGACUGUCCUACCGAGAGACACAGACAGAUGUCUCCUUCUUGCGCCUUCAUCCAGAGUCUACCCUCUACUGCCAACCUCCUCUCCUCUUCUUACAGCGCCUUCUCUCCGCUAUGCAACACGCACGUCAUACCGGUGUCAGGACCUGGCCCAGCACCCCUCCCCGUCUCUGCCCCGGUGUCCUGUGAACAGCCCAGUGUCUCACCCCCCUCUGGCCCACUGAGCUCCCGAGAAGUAGAGGACAUGUCCCACCAGAGACCCCCUACCUGUCACAACCCCAGUAUGAGGAGAGAGCAGGACCGUCUGGACUCCUUCCACUCCUGGAUCCUGUCCAUCAUCACCCCCUCUGAGCUGGCUACGGCUGGCUUCUAUUACCUGGGACAGGGAGACCGCGUGGCCUGCUUCACCUGUGGAGGACAGCUCAGUAACUGGGAGCCAGGAGACCGGGCCGUGUCGGAGCACCAGAGACAUUACCCCAACUGUCACUUCGUCAGAGGAGACCGGGCCGACAACGUGUCCAUGGCGGGCGGGGCUAGAGGUGUAGGAGUGCCCCCCGGGGCCCCUGUCUCCAGUCCCCCAGGUCUCAGUAACGUGUCUAACCCAGCCAUGCAGCAGCGUGAGGAGAGGUUGCUGACCUUCGUCCACUGGCCCUUACGUAUCCCCGUGCGCCCUGACCAGCUGGCCAAGGCAGGGUUCUACUACGUCGGGCGUAAUGAUGACGUGAAGUGUUUCUGCUGUGACGGGGGUCUGAGGUGCUGGGAGUCAGGUGACGACCCCUGGGUGGAGCACGCCAAAUGGUUCCCUAGGUGUCAGUAUCUGCUCCAGGAGAAAGGUCAGGAGUUUGUCCAUCAGAUCCAGGCUCGCUUCCCUCGGCUCUUUGAACAGCUCCUGACCAAUGGGGACAGCAUCUCCAGGGAGUUUGUGGACCCACCAAUGGUGAACCUGGGUCCAGGUGAGGAGCGGUCGGAAGAUGCAGUGAUGAUGAACACUCCGGUGGUUGUGUCGGCUCUAGAGAUGGGAUUUGAGCGAGGCCUGGUCAAGCAGACGGUCCAGAGUAAGAUACUGACCAUCGGAGAGAACUACAAGACGGUCCAGGAACUGGUCUCAGACCUGCUGUCUGCCGAGGACCAAAAGAGAGAGGAGGAGAAAGAGAUGCUGACCGAGGAGAUGGCUUCUGAUGGUAAUUCGUUCUUGAAGAGACACCAGGCAGCGUUGGUCCUGCGCCUGAAGAGUGUUGAGUCUGUCCUGGAGCACCUCCGAGAGCAGAAUGUCAUCAGUGGAGAGGAAUACAGUGGUCUACAGGGCCAGUCCUCUCAGCAGCAGACAGCCAAACUGAUAGACUUGGUCUUGACUAAAGGGAACGCAGCAGCUGAGGUCUUCAGGAACUGGAUCCAGAAGAACGAUGUCUACCUGCUCAGAGACCUUAUGGCCCAGGCAAAUGAAGCCUCAUCACCAAGUCAAGAUCUGUCAGACCUGCCGAUGGAGGAGCAGCUACGGCGCCUGCAGGAGGAGCGGACCUGUAAGGUGUGUAUGGACAAGGAGGUGAACAUUGUCUUCAUCCCGUGUGGUCACCUGGUGGUCUGUAAGGAGUGUGCUCCCUCUCUGAGGAAAUGUCCCAUAUGCAGAGGACUGGUCAAGGGCACCGUCCGAACCUUCCUCUCCUAGAAGACGAACCAGGCUUGAUGUUAGGCGCUGGUAGAUCUGUACCAUUUGUGAAAUAAAAUAAAUAUAAAUCAAGUAAUUA